AUGGUGAACAGCCCAUAUAUCGGGACCAAAUACCGCCGACUAGCCGCCUAUCCUACCUUACCUUUGCCGGCUCCUGACGGUGAUGUUGGACUUAGUUGUCCAGACUGUCCCACUGCCAAAAACACUUCCCUAGUCUACGGCAGCGAACGCAGCGACACUAAGGACAUCAUCAGUGUUAGGUGUCCCACCAGGCAUUUCUACCGAACGUUCAAGAUCAAUCAGCUCAUCCACGAAAUCGGUUGCAUUAAUGCCGGCGGAAAAUACCCCAUUCCCUAUGAUCCUUCUGCCCACGGUCCACCAGUCAACAGCAAGGGAAUGACCCUCCCCCCUCCCACCGACCCAAUACACAGCAAGUCAAGUACCUCAACCCGUUCUGGCCCUCAAGUACCCUGCGCACGUGCCACCGAAGGUCCGACCGCAGAGAAGCAUAAAGUACAGGGUCACUCUGGCUGUACACAUAAAUAUUGCAAACAGUGUUGCCUGCAAUACGGAACUCCAGGUGGAUGUUAUGUCCAUCGCGUCAAGGGAGGUCCACCAGCACAGCUUGCCAACCCAGCCAACCCAGCCAUCACCCCAGCCCGUGUGAGAGUGCCACCCCCUGCGAAUCCACCGGUAGCCAAACGUACAAGAAUCCUCCCACCCCAGUGUGCCCAGUCUGUACGCCGAGUCGGUCACAUUGUAGAUGAAGAAGGUGAAACCAACUUAGCAACUGGACGAGAGACAGUGGCGGCCAGAAAGGAAUCUGCACAGGUGAUUGACACUGGUAAAGUCAUCAGCCUUCACUUGGUCACCAGCGGAUCCAAAUCGCCAGUUAUAUCUCAAUACUUCAAAGACUGGCCCCUCGCCGUCUUAAACGACUCACGCAGCCUCUUACGGGCCUCUCAAGCAGCUGCCGGCCAGGAAUGGACUGGCGACCUCGUUGUAUGGGACGAAGAACUCAGAAAUUGGCGGGAGAUCGGUGUUACUUUGCCACAUACUUAUGUUCUUAGCUCCAAGAAUCUCGUCAUCUGCCUACCUCACCAGUUCUCAAGCCUCGCUGUCGAGCUCCAAGACGUGCUAGAGGGCCUUCAAAUGGGCAAACCCCUCGUACCCAAACCUCAAACCAAUUCAAACACUGCCCUCGACAAGGGCAAAACUCCUACAUUCGACAAGGGCCCACCUCCUGCCUUGGGCAAGGGCAAAGCAACUGCCAUCCAAAGGCAACCACCAGUCACUCGCCAACACGGAGCCGUCGCUCCAGCAGAGGGACAAUCCAAACCAAACGGCCUCACCGCAGGACAACACGCCACCUCAAAACCAAGAGCAAGGCCAAUUGCGAGAUUGGCCUGGGGAGGACGUGCUUCUCUCCUCGAUGCUCGAAUGGCUCGCGUCAGACUAUGGAAGGCUCGUUAUGGAACGGAAUAUCAUUUCACCAAGCAGGUUUACCGAUAUGCAGGUUGGGUAAAUCUAGUUGGGUAUGCCAGAAUGUUCAAGUGGUGGCAAGAGUGGCCAGCAGAGGGGCGUGAUUGCAACAAGGAGAACCUCACGGUUGCUGUCGCGCGUCCUUAUUUUCAGACAGAAUUUAAUGCUGUGUGUAAUGGGGCAGUUGCAACGCCUAACCCACAAACACCACAAAGCGGCUCCAACAUUUGA